GGAAUUUUUGGUAAAUUAAGAUCUCGAUUCAAAAACAAAAAAACAAUAUCUCCAAUGAUCUCCCUGCGAGCCCGCUCACAACAUCACCCUCACCUCUCUACCUCAACCGCAGCGCCCGCAUCCAGUGACCACUCCGACUACCAGUAAUCCGUCGUCAUCUCCGCCUUGUCUCACGCUCCUCCCCUUUUCCCAUUUCAGAGUUCUCCUCUCUUAUUGCACCGCCGUGGCGCCGUCUUGCUGUCUCAGAAACUUUUAUUCCUGAAGAACUUCGAAUAUUGUAGAAUAGGUCAGCACAAAUUUGUUAGUAUCAUUGUUGUUCUCGUCUGGAAUUACGUUCAUUGAAUUCUUAGCUACAAAUUUACAAAAAAUCCCUUCGCAAAGCUCUUUGUUAGCAGUAAUGUCUGCAAGGUGUUCGAUAAAAUGUCUCAGUUAGUUUUUAUGGGUAAAUGUCGUUGAGGAAAGAAGCAUCAGAUACCUUCACUUGUAUGAUUAUCUGGGAAAGUUCCCUUUUUUGUUUGUCUUCAUGAAGCUUACUUGUUUGAGCAAGGGGCAGGGUUAUUAUUUCCCGCCUUGUCACAUAAUUGAAAUUAGUGGAUUCCGCAUUUUGGUGGAUUGUCCAUUGGAUCUUUCUGCUCUGUUGAUUUUCGCUCCUAUUCCUGUCUAUUCUGAUAGACGGCUCGAAUAUGCUUUUGAUUGCUCAUGCCAUGUGUCUGUGGACACUGAUUGUGCAGUUCAUAAGAAGCAAAAGGUUGAAAAUUCCCUUGAUGCUAGUAGUUUGAUUCAUGGGGUCCCUUGGUAUAAAACCGUUAGCAGUUUGCACUUAUGGGAUGUUUCUUUCAUUGAUGUUGUUUUAAUCUCAAGUCCUAUGGGAAUGCUUGGGUUGCCAUUCUUGACUCGGAAUAAGAAUUUCGUAGCUAAGGUUUAUGCAACUGAAGCAACGACAAGAAUUGGGCAGCUUAUGAUGGAGGAUCUUAUUUCUAUGCAGAAAGAGUUCAGGCAAUUUUAUGGAUCUGAGGACUCAGGGUGUGCCAAGUGGAAGAAGUGGGAGGAGCUUGUCAAGCUUCCACCUUCCUUACAAGAAAUAAUCUUGGGCAAAGAUGGGACAGAGCUUGGUUGCUGGUUAUCUUUGUAUAGUGCAGCUGAUGUGAAGGAUUGUAUUCAGAAGGUACAUUCACUUAAAUAUGCUGAAGAAACUUGCUUUGGGGGAGUGUUAAUUUUCAAGGCAUUCAGCUCUGGUCUAGAUAUUGGCACAUCAAAUUGGGAAAUUAAAAGUCCAAAAAAGGAUAUUGUUUUCAUAUCUAGCUCUGUGCUUGACGCUGCUCCAGCCAUGAGUUUCAAUUACCAUGCUCUACAAGAUCAUGACCUAGUACUGUUUUCAGAUUUCUCUUCUCUCGAUUGCAUGGAAGACGUUGAAGUAGAGACUAGUCACUCAGCUCCAAUCAAUGAAAUUGCAGAGGUGGCGGCCAUCCAGCCCUUAAUUGACUCUGAUGAAAGUUCAGAGGAGGAGCAGAAGCUAGGAUUUAUAUGUUCUUAUGCUGUUGAUUCCCUUAAAGCUGGAGGCUCAGUCCUGAUUCCUAUCGGUCGAAUUGGUGUAGUGUUGCAAUUGUUGGAGCAGAUAUCAGUUUCUCAGGAAUUUUUAAAUUUGAAGGUCCCUGUAUUUUUCAUUUCUUCUGUCGCAGAAGAACUUUUAUCCUACACCACCAUAAUACCAGAGUGGCUGUGUGUGCAGACACAGAAAAAGUUGUUUGCUGGUAAGCCCUUGUUUGCUCAUGUUGAUCUUAUGAGGGAAAAAAGGCUUCACCUGCUAUCUUCAAUCUGUACAACUGAUCUAAUGAAAAUUUGGCAGGAACCAUGCAUAGUAUUUGCUCCUCAUUGGAGCCUGCGGGUUGGGCCUGCUGUUCAUUUUCUUCAGCGUUGGCAUGGGAAUGAAAAUGCUUUGCUUGUUCUGGAGAGAGGAUUGGAUGCUGAUCUUGCUCUCCUACCUUUUAAACCUAUGGCCAUGAAGGUCCUUCAAUGUUCAUUUCUCUCUGGCAUAAGAUCAAGUAAAGUUGCACCUUUAAUGGAGAAACUGCAACCCAAGUGUGUGUUGUUACCAGAAAACUUGAAGACUUUUGUUGGAAAUUCAAACACAAAGUCAAUGUCAGUGAUCUACUACUUUGAAAGCAUUAUGUUACGUGUCCCUAGCCUAAAGAGAAGUGCAGAGCUCAAGAUUUCAGCAGAUUUAGUCUCCCGAUAUCAGUGGAUAAGUUUAAAGGAAGAGGAUAUUAACAUUACAAGACUAAAGGGGGAGCUGAGCGUAGAACAUGGGAAGUAUCGGUUACUUACAGGGAAGGAAUCCAAGGGGACCUGCGUUGAUUUGGAAAGGCUUUCAAUUGCUUUAGAAAAUAUGGGUUUUAAAAUUACUGUAGAACAAGAAGUGAGUUGUAGAUCAGGUAUAUCUUUUGAUAUACAUGUGCACGAGCCUAGCAAGGGUUUGAUAAAAGUCGGGCCAAAUAUCACAACAAUCAGCACAUCUGACAAAGACUUGUCCUCCAGAAUUCACAAAGCUGUGGAUACUAUAUUGUGCGACAUCUAAUGGGAUAGGUCUUUGUGUAGUUCACUAUAAAGUGCACUUCUGUAUUGGUUCAGGACAUUAAGAUUGAGAAACGAGCAAAGGUGCAUAAUUGUCAAUCCUCAGAGGGUGACUAUUGAGUAAGUUUUGGUCUGUUUUUUAUAUUGUACAGAAUUUUUAUUGAUUUCA